AUGAACCGACCUCCUAGCCCGCCCUCGCCAUUGCUGACCCCAGAGGAAGGACCAGCCAUGAAUAACUCAGGUUUCCAGCGCAUCCAUGAACGGGAGUCCAUUGAUAAGGUCUCGAUGAUAUCAGAAACUUACGAGACCUACGAGAUGUCAACCCCAGACCUUCAGGUUGAGGAAGGACUCCCAGCGAAGAAGAAGUAUGGACCUACAGAUCUGAGACGCGCUCUGAGUGAGCGGCACGUCAACAUGAUAGCAUUCUCCUCAACAGUUGGAAUAGGUUGUUUCCUGCAGUCCGGCAAAAUUAUAAAUCAGAUAGGGCCAGGUGGUGCUUUGAUAGCGUACUUCAUCAUGGGCACGGUGGUGUGGUCUGCCAUGGCAUCUCUGGGAGAGAUGACCGCGCUCUUUCCUAUUCGUCAGCCUAUAAUCGACUUUCCUAGCCGUUAUAUCGACGAAUCGGUCGGCUUUGCCACAGGAUGGAUGGCCUGGCUCGCAUUCUCGUUCCUCAUCGGCGUGGAGCUCAGUGUCGUGGCCGAGUUAUUCCAUUUCGGAUUCUCCAAGGAGUACCUGCAAAGCUUCAACUAUCCCCAGGAAACUCUACAGUGGACAUUCGGUUUGAACACGAACCCAAACGUAUGGGUCGCGAUCUUGCUAGUGGUGAUAUUUCUCAUGAACCUCUUGCCGAUCAGAGUCUACGGCGAAAUCGAAUACUUCUUUGGGUGCAUCAAGAUCGUUGUGAUGGUUGGACUCAUCAUGUUCAACCUCAUCAUCAACGCACUGAGUGUGAGCGAGGGACGCCAAUCCAGCGCCUUCUCUAACUACAACUCCCCCAACGGGUUCUUCUCUAGUCAAGUGACCGUUGGAGAGCACACGUUCACUGGAUCCACCGGUCAUCUGCUUGGAAUGUGGUCUUCGAUGACGACUGUGUUCUUCUCGCUGCAGUCAAUGUACACGGUCUCCGUCACUGCGGCUGAGAACAAGAACCUUGAGCAGGAUGAAUCGAUCAAGCUUGCGACUCGGAAGAUAUCCCUUCGAGUCAUCCUGCUGUACAUGCUGCUUGUGUUCACAGUCGGUCUCAACGUGCCAUCCACAGAUAUCAAUCUCCAGGAUUCCCACAUUACCUCAAUCAAAGCCGGGCAGAACAGCCCGUUCAUAAUUGCAAUGGUUCACCGAGGCGUCACAGGCUGGCCGCACCUGAUCAACGCCUUCUUUAUCUUUUCGGCCUUCUCGGUGUCGGUCAAUGCCUUGUAUAUCUCAUCGCGACUGCUCCACUCGAUGGCCAACAUUCGCAACGUCUGGCCCGAGAGCGGAUUUGGCUAUGCUAUCAAGAGCCGACUGGAGAAGACUACGAGGCACGGAGUACCACUGCCUGCAGUCUGCGUGACGUGGCUGUUCGGUCUAUUCGGCUUCCUCGGCGGGACUCCAGGUCCAGCUCAAGUUCUAGGAAGAAUGUCUACCUACUCGAGCUGCACACUCAUGAUCGUCUACGCCGUCGUCAGUCUGGCAUUCCUUAGCUUCAAGAAGCGUACAGUUGAUGGCAGCGAAGACGACCCGGUGAUUGUUCAGACCAAUAACGGCACCUACCUCAACCGGAAUGCGGGUGACUAUCCGUACAAAUCGCAUCUUCAGUGGAGCCGAGCAAUGUACGGCUUCAUAGCCUGCGUCCUCGUCCUGUUCUUCUCGGGCUGGAAGUCGUUCCUGACACCCUUUUCGGUGCAAGAUUUUUUCGCGACAUAUAUGAAUGUGUUCGUGUUCUUUUUCCUGAAACAGAUCUCGGCCUACCAUAUUAAGGAUCAGCAGGGAUGGAAUCCUCUGAAGUGGACUAGGAGAGUGACGAUGGAUAUCAACAACCCCACGGUGACCAAAGAGAAGGACUUCCGGCGACGUAAAGGCCGCCUUCAUCGUGCAAAUAAAAAGAAGGUGUUCUGCAAGGAGAACGCGGCGCGAGUUGGGGGAUUCAUUUGGACAUGGUUGAAGUAA